AUGACGGCCGCUACAUUAACCACAACAAGACUGCAUUCAAGCCCUUCGCGGCAGGCCCUCGGGACUGCACCGGGAAGAACCUGGCCUAUUCGGAGAUGCGCUCGGUUACCUCUCGGCUGCUUUGGAACUUUGACCUUGCCCUUGUUUUGGGACAGGACGAUUAGAUAA